AAGUCCAUUUCCUUACCGAUGAAGAUAAUGUACGAUCGUUUUAUUCAUUCGACUAGUGGAAUUUACCGUUGUUGGUACGAGACUGCACAUUGGUUCGAACUCUAUUUCAAUUAGUUAAUUGAAUAUUUGUUGUGUCUUCAUCAACUGGUACAGUAUAAAUCUUCGCAGCAUCGAUAAUGUCUUAUUUCGAUAAAAAAGUAGCUCUUGUAACCGGUGGGGCCAGUGGCAUUGGAUAUUCUAUAGUGAAAAAAUUACUGGAAAAUGGAAUUAAGGGUGUUGGAGUAGUUGACAUUUCAGAUGAAGAUGGAAAGAAAGUUGAGAAGGAGUUAAAAUACAAAUAUUUUGACAAAAUACUAGUAAUCAAGGCCGAUGUAACUAAAAACCAAGAAUUGGAAGAUGCCUUUGAGAAAACAAUAAGUAAAUUUAACAAUCUUGACAUUAUUGUAAACAAUGCUGGAAUCGUAAACGAGGUAGAAUGGGAAAAAACCAUUGCCGUUAAUUUGGUUGCAGUAAUUAGAGGUUCCUAUUUAGCAAAAGAUAAAUAUUUCCCUUUACACAAAUCGGGGGAAGAAGGCGUUAUUGUGAAUAUAGCUUCAAUUCUUGGACUCUUUGGUAUGGAUCAUCUGCUUGUAUAUUGCGCUACCAAACAUGGAGUAAUUGGAUUAAGUAAGUCUUUGGCUGAGCAAAAGUGUCCCAGUUCACAUAAAUUUAAAAUAAUAACCAUCUGCCCCGGGACAAUAGAUACUCCAUUACUUAGUAACCGGCCAGUUGUAUUGGAUUUUGCUACUUUUCAGAGAGAUAUCCAUCGUUUAUCGGAAAAGACAACUUCGCCAGACUUUGUAGGAGAAUCAGUAAUCCAAUUAAUACAAAAGAGUAAACACGGGUCAGCUUGGAUCAUUGAAAAUGAAGAACCACCCUAUGAAGUCAAAUAUCCUAGUAAAUUAGACUUGAGGAAAUAAUAAAACUUGCAAUUUCUAUAAAUGAACUAACAUACUACCUUUCGAUAUUUAUAUGUGUUAAAACAUAUGUACUUAUUUUCAAAUACAAGGUGCAGCUAAAGUAUUUUUAAAAGUUAUCGUUUCUAUAAC